AUUAGGAGAGUCGUUAAAGUUGAGUUGAGUUGGUAGUAAGAAAAUAUGAGGACCUAUUCUGUAUCUGAAUUUUUUUAAUGAAAAAAAGAAAGUUGAAAAAGACGGUGAUUUGUGUUCCCAUGUGUAAAAUGAUACCGUGCGUGAAGCAGUUGAGAGAUAAGAUUUGAGCGGGUGAUACUUUAUUAAUUAAUAAUUGCAAUUUGCAACGUGAACCCCACUUCCUUUCCCAUUCCCUUUCUGAUAUUUUUUUUUUGUGAUGUGUUCUUAUCACUACCAAUAUAUUGUUUCUUUCAUUUCUUGUUACUAUUUUUAUUCUUCACUCCAACCUAACAUAAUCUUUUUUUCAUUCACAGUUUUAAUUACAACACAACUUUUUCUUUUUCACUGCUUAGGUGUUGCUUGUCUUUAAGUUUUCUAUCUUCAUAUAUACUAAUACUAUAUACUUAACAAAUGCAUUGUUUAGUUCAGAUUUUUUAGAUGAAUUUAUUUUUGUUUCCUUACUUUUAUUUUUACUGUGUGUUGGUGUUGGUGUUGGGAGAAGGAAGAGGAGUUUAUUCAAAUUCAAAUUCAAAUUCAAAUUCAAAUGUCUCAUUUUCAAGACCCACCUUUGUAAACAUUGGAGCUAUCUUCACCUUUGAUUCCUCCAUUGGUAAAGUUGCGAAGCUUGCUAUGGAAGAAGCUGUCAAAGAUAUCAACUCCAAUUCCAACAUUCUUCAUGGAACUCAACUUCGUCUCCAUAUGCAAACUUCCAAUUGUAGUGGUUUUGAUGGCAUGAUUCAAGCUUUGCGGUUCAUGGAGACCGAUGUAAUUGCCAUACUAGGUCCACAAUCUUCUGUAGUUUCCCACAUAGUAUCUCAUGUUGCAAACGAGCUUCGUGUUCCUAUGCUGUCAUUUGCAGCUACAGACCCUACACUCUCAUCGCUGCAGUUCCCUUUCUUUGUCAGGACAACACUCAGUGAUUUGUACCAAAUGACUGCUGUUGCUGAAAUCAUUGAUUUUUAUGGAUGGAAGGAAGUUAUUGCUAUUUAUGUAGAUGAUGAUUAUGGACGAAACGGUGUGUCUGUGUUAGAAGAUGCGCUCGCAGGAAGGCGUUGUAGAAUCUCCUACAAGGCAGGGAUCAAAUCAGGACCUGAUGUUGAUAGGGGUGAAAUCACCAAUUUGCUUGUGAAUGUGGCGCAGAUGCAGUCUCGAGUUAUUGUUGUCCAUGCACAUUCUAAUUCUGGAUUUAUGAUCUUCAAAGUGGCGCGUUAUCUUGGGAUGAUGCAGGAGGGUUAUGUCUGGAUAGCCACAGAUUGGCUUUCCACUGUUUUAGAUUCUUCUUCUCUUCCUUUGGAGACAAUGGAUACUCUGCAGGGAGCACUUGGUUUGCGGCAGCAUACGCCUGAUACUGAUAAGAAAAAAGCAUUUUUCACCAGGUGGAACAAGAUAACUGGUGGUUCCUUAGGGUUACAUUCUUAUGGUCUCCAUGCUUAUGAUUCCGUUUGGCUGGUUGCACGAGCUAUCGAUGAGUUUUUCAAUCAGGGCGGGGUCAUUUCGUGUACCAAUUACACAAGUUUGCAUGAUAAGGGAAAGGGUGGUGGUCUUAACCUUGAUGCAAUGAGCAUAUUUGACAACGGAACGCUUCUAUUGGACAACAUAUUGCAGAGUGAUUUUGUUGGAUUAUCAGGUCCAAUGAAAUUUGAUUUGGAUAAAAAUCUUUUUCGACCAGCCUAUGACAUCAUUAAUGUUGUUGGAAAUGGUUUUCGUCGAAUUGGCUACUGGUCUAACUAUUCUGGGUUGUCAAUUGUAUCUCCUGAGACACUGUAUGCUAACCCACCUAAUAGAUCAAGUGCAAACCAGCACCUUCACAGUGUGAUAUGGCCUGGAGAAACACCAUCCAGGCCCCGUGGAUGGGUCUUCCCCAACAAUGGAAAACAAUUGAGAAUUGGUGUGCCUAUCCGAGUCAGUUUCCAUGAAUUUGUAUCACCUGUAAAGGGAACUGAUACGUUUAAAGGGUUCUGCGUUGAUGUAUUUGCAGCAGCUGUAAAUUUGUUACCAUAUGCCGUUCCUUACCGAUUUGUACCGUUUGGUGAUGGUCGAAAAAAUCCAAGCUACACAGAACUUGUCAACUCAAUAACCACUGGUUAUUUUGAUGGUGCUGUUGGCGACAUUGCCAUUGUCACAAAUCGGACAAGGAUUGUAGAUUUUACACAGCCGUAUGCUGCAUCUGGACUUGUUGUGGUGGCCCCUUUUAAGAAGAUCAAUUCAGGCGGUUGGUCUUUCCUGCAGCCAUUCACUCCUUCCAUGUGGAUUGUGACUGCUUGUUUCUUCUUUUUCGUUGGGAUAGUUGUAUGGAUUCUGGAACACAGGAUAAAUGAUGAGUUCAGGGGUCCACCUAAACAACAAUUUAUAACCAUAUUAUGGUUUAGUCUGUCUACUCUAUUUUUUUCUCACAGAGAGAAUACAGUGAGUGCUCUUGGUCGCGGUGUGGUGCUCAUAUGGUUGUUUGUGGUUUUGAUCAUUAAUUCAAGCUACACUGCAAGUUUAACAUCCAUACUCACAGUGCAGCAGUUAUCUUCACCUAUCAGUGGCAUUGAUAGCUUGAAAGCUAGUGAUGAACCUAUAGGGUUCCAAGUGGGUUCGUUUGCGGAACGUUACUUGACUGAAGAUAUCGGAAUAUCCAAAUCUAGACUUGUUGCACUUGGAUCUCCAGAAGAAUAUGCUAAGGCACUUCAACUUGGUCCUAAUAAAGGAGGUGUUGCUGCUAUUAUAGACGAACGGCCCUAUGUCGAAAUAUUCUUAUCAGCUCAAUGCACAUUCAGGAUUGUAGGUCAGGAGUUCACCAGAAGUGGCUGGGGUUUUGCAUUCCCUCGUGACUCCCCUUUGGCUGUGGAUUUGUCAACUGCCAUUCUACAACUUUCAGAAACCGGUGAUCUGCAGCGGAUUCAUGAUAAGUGGAUGACACGAAGCACAUGUAGUUUAGAUAAUACUGAAAUUGAUUCAGAUCGUCUUCAGCUUAAAAGCUUCUGGGGUCUUUUCAUCAUUUGCGGGUUGGCUUGCUUUAUCGCUCUCCUCAUAUAUUUUUUGCAGAUUAUGUUACUGUUAUGGCGUUCUGCUCCGUCUGAACCUGCUUCUAAUGUUGGCCCAAUGCAAAGAUUUCUUUCACUCGUCGACGAGAAGAAAGAUCCAUCAAGGAGUGAAAGAAGAAAGAGGAAUGGAGAUGAAAUGUCACCUGAAGAUCAAAUCGAAAGGCAACCAAAGAGGAUACAGAUAGUAACAGAAGCUGAGUUCAAAUCAAACAAUUGACCCUUUGAUUUCAUUGAAUAUUUAUUGGUCUUAGCCUUUGUGCUAUUUUUGUACAAAUACCAAAUAUUAGAGCUUCAUUGUAAAUGAUUCUAGAUAUAAAAUUAUUUGUCUUACGGGAUAUAUCUUGGAAGUUUUUCAGGGAUAGUUACUUGAUUUAUGAGACUGAAACAAUGGGGAGUUAUCUCAAAGAACAUGUUAGUACUUGUAUUACAUUCUAUACAAACACCAUUAAAACUUGUAAUAUACUCGUGCAAGGAUGAUCAAGUAUUUUUACAUUUU